AAUCGUGAGCGAAUGCUCGAAAGACUUUUUUUUUUGCCUUAAAGAUAUAAGUUAAUAAUAAAUUACGCCAAUAAACUAUUUGGAUUACAUUUUUUAUACAUUAACUUUUGUCAUGGAUCACGUUUGUGCCAUCUAAAUUUUCAUCGUCCGGCUGUAUAAAUAGUGAGAGAAAAAUACAAAAAAAGUUUAUUCGUGAAAUAUUUUGAAUGAACCUGUUUAAAGAUGUGCUCUUGUUUGGUUAAAAUGGAAAACAGAAAAUGUAAUAAUUAAAUAUCAAACAAAGUACGUGGUGCCAGUUUGUGACUGUUUUUACGACACUUGUCGUAAAUGACAACACUCGGUUUGAAUGAACCUUUAUUGAUAUUUCCAUGGACAGACAGUGUGUCCUUCACUCCUGUCUAUUUUAGUGCGGUUUUUGAACCAAGAAUCGGCGUUGCUUUGAAAGGAAAGCUCUUUCGUGAACGAUGGCCGCAAAAAUUUUCCCUGUGAUCAAACUGGCCACGAAGGUGACCAUCGCAGGGGGUGCGCUUUACGUCGCCUAUGACUCCGGGCUCCUGGGCUCCAGCGAGCAGGGUUCCGAGGCCCUGGGGCGUGCCAGAGCAGCCAUACCGCCCGCACUGGAGGAGUGGAUCAAGUACUUUGGCCUGGAGGCUCAGCUUCCAACGCUACCCAAGGUUGAAUUCUCUCCGGUGGAGGCCUGGAAUUCUGGGGUGCGGUCGUCCAUUUCAGCUCUGUCGGAGGCGCCGAGAAAAGCAAACGAAUAUUCCACUCGGGGCUUGCAGUACGUCAAAGACCUGGCCAAGUGAACACUAACACAUCUGGGGACAGACGGAUUAUGGUUAUUAAAUGUCUAUAUCACUUUUCACUUGACUGACAUGUCCUUAAAUUUGUUGCCGAUUGAGUACGGGUGGAGAAUGUAAGCCAGGCAGGUCACUUAUGCAUAGCGAUAACAUUUGGCUUGGCCGUGUAAGUAUAAACUAAAAAUAAUACCACAGAGGAAUUAUGUAUAGUGUAUAUUUUUUUAAAUGUCCACUAAUGCUUCUAGUGUAAUAAUAACUUGGUCAAUUGUUAUAUUGUGCAUUAGAGGACGAAAAUAUCCCCUGAUCAAAAAAUGGUUCCCCGCCCACUUAGUUCACCAAGUUGUUCAAUUGAAGGGAUGUUGGUUGUACUAUUGUACAUAAUGCUAUAAUAUAAAGUUUUUAAAUAAAGUGCUCAAUUUCUCCUCAAAUCA